CUGAUACAUGAUUUCUACCUUUUUUCGUUUUGCUCUAACUUUUUCGUUUUCUUUCUUGAAAUCGGAGGAACUGAAUGUUCUUCCUCGUUUUAUUUGCUGUUGCUGACAGUUGAAUUGUUCCUCCCAGAUUAUUUACGUAUGACUUACAAUAUUCAGUUAAGGUCCAAAGCCAUUACCUUAAUUUCAUGCACCUUUAGAAAAGAAAAACGUCGAUUUUCUAAUCUCCACCCUCAAUUGAAUUCCGAGACGAAAAUCCGAGAGCCCAUCUUUAUUUCAAAAAUUUAUUCCACUUUGUGUUUACCGGGAUGCGGAAAUUCAAGCUACUUUAAUCCCCAGUAUUAUAAAACUUUAAUAUCUCGCCCAUUGUUUAAAGUCGGAUCAAAACUGAGUUGUUCCAUUAGAAUUAUUUGACGGUGCUCUCUCCCGCCAUAUGAUAAGAUGUACGAUCACCGGUUAAUUAAUCGGUCAAUUCACUCCUUUUCACGCAGGUUCCUUAAAAUAUGACACAAAGACGAGCACACUCCUACUGUUCUAGGAGUUCUCUUAUAGGCAUUUGUUAUUUAAUGUGUUUACGGGUUUAAUAGAAGGCUGUAUGUCGGCAGCGGAAACAUAUACCAUCUAGCAAGAGCAGUCACAAAAGAGAUGCGAUGGCUAGUCGCUUGUCUCAUCGUUACGUCGAUACAAUCAUCGAAGCCGACGAAGAAGAUGAUAACGAUACAGUUCCAAAGAGAAAACAGAGAAAUGAUACCAAACAGGGUUAUGUGAGCAAGAACAUUGAACAGGAGUUGAUGGAAUCGAAGCGUUUCUGGCAUCAAAUGAUGGAGAGAAAAAAUGAAAAUUCUUUCGAAAAUUUUACUCCAAGGUCUAGGUCAAGGACAAACUCCAACGAGGUGCCUCUCCCCCUGAAUGCCCCAAAUAUGCGCAUAGUGAAGCGAAAGACCUCUUCCAACUCAACGACGACACCGGUAACAUUCGGCCCCAGGCCUCGAGCCUACACAGACCCUACGGACCUCCUGUGGAUCUGUCGUCAGAGAGGGACAUGGUUACAAGAUAAUAGAGACGCAGAGCAUGUGAAAGAGAAUCGCAAGGACAGUAAACACAAGUUGCCAAACUCAGCUAAAGGUGAAUACCCUCCAUGCGAUGACCGUGCCUGCCUGAGUACGAGCAGCGAAAGCGAUCGAGCAGAAAUGGACGAAAACUGCAAUAGUAUUGAUAACGACCAGUUUACGAUGUCUGAUCGGAAGCCGUCGAUGCCUUGUAGGAUGGCCCGUCGUGGUUCUCUAGUACCCCCUGGUCCACGACGUUUAGGCAGACGUGGAAGCGAGGUUCCUGCCCUCACUUCACUCGCAAGGAGACGCAACUCGACCGCGCCCGUGUACCCGGUAGGGCUCAAAAGACGCGGUUCACGAGGAUUUAGCAACGCAGAAUUUCACUUCAGUAAUAUUCAAGUCAAAGCGAGGCAUGAAAUGCUAGCAAACCUUGUUCUCCCAGCGUUCGGCGACCCGUCGUCAAAGCUUCGUGAGCGCCGAGUCACUUACGCUUGUCAUCCGACAACUAAGCGAACCAAAAAAGACGAAAAGCGAUACCUAGCAACAAAAGAAAUAUUAGUCACAGAAAAGAGUUAUUUGGCCUGUCUCAGCACCCUCAAAACGGCAUUUGAGGAACCCAUGAGGGAAAGUGCUUUGAUUGGCUCCAAAGAAAUAGAUGUCAUAUUUCCUAAAGAACUAGACCAUAUACGAGAAAGCCACACUCUAUUUAUGAACGAGCUAGAGGAUAGAAUACAGAACUGGCGCCAGUAUGGAAUUGUAGGGGAUAUCUUCACCAAGCUCAGUAGCUCCUAUCACAUUAACGUACUGAUGAUUUAUUCCAACUACGUCAACAACUUCCCCAAAGCGAUAGCAGCUAUCAACAAGUUUUCACGAGCGUCACACAAGUUUAGAAAGUUCUUACAGGACUGUUCGAUGGAACCUGCCUGCGCGGGACUGGACUUACCUGCUUACUUGUUGACCCCCAUUCAGCGACUUCCACGAUAUGUCCUUCUGUUACGGCAAGUUUCCAAGUACACAGAGGCAUCCCAUCCUGACAGCUUUCAUCUGAAAAACGCACUGGAAAAGAUGACGCAGAUGAUCAACCUACUGAACGACUCCAUACAAAAUUCACACAAAGUAGUAAACUCCGCAUCGCCCAGGAAAAACACAAGGAAGACUAAGUCCUUAAGGAAAAAGGCAAGUUUGAAAGAAUUAAAGAGCAAGAAAGAAAACUGCGACAUCGUUAGCAAAUUGACUCCUGAAAUGAGAAAUGACCUGUCGAGUGCAUCAGUUGAGUCCGAGCUCCAGUCCUCUCCGACAAUGAUCAGGACCACGGCCGAAGCGACACAGGAAUCCCUUACUAGUAUCCCGACUUCACCAAGCAGUCCCAUUUUGUCUCCAUCACCGCACAGUGUGCUUUCCCGCGUGAGGUCUGGGGAGAGGAAGUGUCGUCCAGUCAGUGCGGGAGACCUCGAUCAGUUCUACGAUUCGGAAAAUCUGCGAGAGUUCACGUCAAUUACAGAGGAAAAUGAGGACAAGGACCAAAAGUCGCCCACGCAAAGCAAACUGAAAAUGGCCAAAGAUUCAAUGACUAGAGCAUGGCAAAGACGUUCUAAAAAAUGGCGACGAUCAGUAGACGAGAUAUUUACUGAUUCCAAAUCCGAUAGCACUUCGGCUAUCUCCGAGCUCGGUCGAGACUUUCCGAUCGAAAAUCGCACGAGCGAUUCAAGCUCCAUAGCGCCAUCACUGUCGCCAACAGGGACCAUCUCCCACUCAACCUCAGAGCAAAAUGUCUUUGCGGACGAAGACGCUCAAUUCUCCAAAGAUAAGGACACUGUCAAAAAGGACAAUGAGCUAAAGCACUUGAGUAAUGAUAGUGCGGCAAAUUUUGAUUUUGAGAUUUCCGUAACCCCGAGCUCGGCCGACGCAAGCCCGAGUAUUACGCUCACGAGAAGACGAAAAGUUGCCGAGCUAUGGAGACCUGUAUCCCUUAUGCUUCCCUCACAAUUAGCCCCAGAAAAUGGCAACGCAAGACUUAAAGCCACGAGUUCUGAAUCCCACAUGGUAGCAACAGAUUCGGAAAGUGAUAUAUGGGUACGCAGACCUAUGCCGCAACGCUCGCGUUUUACCAGAUCUUCAUCCGAUGGUGUUCGGCAACUCGUGAUGCGUUCGAGACAAGCCAGCGUGACAUCAUGCGACCGUCGGAUCUCAAUUUGUAGCAACGGAAGCUUGAAUGAAUCAGAAGACUCGGGUGUAUCCGGCACACCGGAGACGUCGCCUAGCAACACGUUACGGUCACGUGGUCGUAAGUCUAAGAAUGGUGAGCUCGAGGUUGUUGAUGGAAAGGUUCCGCUUCGACAUCGCAGGAGUUGGGAAAAGCUGUUUGUCGCGGACUUGGAGUUUGGAGACGAAGAACAGGAAGAGAAGACCAACAAGAAGAAGUUUAAAGAUGUUAUGAAGAACCUUUUCAAAAGAAAAAGCAGCUUGACGGGCUCAGACACGAAAACCUCCUCACCUACGAGCUCCACUCGAAGCUUUAUCGAACUUGGCGAGAAAAUAUCGACAGUAUGACGACACAGUUUGCAACAGUCUUCAUAUCAACCUGAGAACGUAGACUUAUCGUGCUUGACGAGGAAUUGUCGACGAUAUAGCGACGAAGGUUGUUCCUUGCAACCAACGGUUUUCGAUCGAUGUGUGAUAGAUAAAUAUAUAUUAUGUUUAUUCAUUAUUGUAGGAGCGGAUCUAGCAUUUUACUAUAUUAUAUUCAAGAUCGCAGUAAUACUUGCGUAGUUUUUUGUUGUUGAAAUAUCAGGAAAUCGUAUUUGUUAGAAGAAAAAUUUAAUUCAUACGCUUGUUUGCAGUGCAAACAUUCUAUUCAUGUAUAAACAAACGUUUAAUUAUUAUAUACUUGGUUUGGAGAAAACAACUUCUAAAGUUUUUAUUUAUUUUGUGUAAAACAUGAAAUUGUCAGCAAUUUUUAAUAAACUAAUUCAAGAAAAAAUAUAUUUGAUUUCUUAGUGAACAGGGAAAGGCAAAUAUACAAAAAAACUCCCAGCCUCAAGACUACCCCCACCGUCUACAUCAACCCCCUAUCCCCUAAACUUCGACAACAUGAAUCAUAAGUUGACGUAUUUGGGGCAUCUUUUAAUAUUACAUCCAAUCCUAUAUGAUUCAGAUUGAAACAAAAAUAAAUCAAAUGCACCACCAUGUAACCUUGUUUUAGAAACAAGUAAAGUGAUCUCCGAUCUUUGGCUAGAGCGCCCGAGCUGCACUAUGUUAUCACAGAAAAGAUUCAUACAGUACUUCUCGU